AGGUGGGGAAGCAUGGCGGCGGCGGCUGUGAGGGCAGCGGACUCCUUCGCCCGCGGCGGCCCAGCGGCUGUGCGGCUGCCGCGGUCGCCGCCGCUCAAGGUGCUGGCCGAGCAGCUGCGGCGCGACGCGGAGGGCGGCCCGGGCGCGUGGCGGCUGUCGCGGGCGGCGGCGGGCCGCGAGCCGCUGGAGCUGGUGACCGUGUGGAUGCAGGGCUCGGUGCUGGCGGCGGGCGGCGGCGAGGCGCGGCUGCGGGACCCGAGCGGGGCCUUCGUGGUGCGCGGCCUAGAGCGGGUCCCGCGCGGGCGGCCCUGCCUGGCCCCAGGAAAGUAUGUGAUGGUGAUGGGAGUGGUCCAGGCGUGCAGCCCUGAGCCCUGCCUUCAGGCCGUGAAGAUGACCGAUCUUUCCGACAACCCCAUCCACGAAAGCAUGUGGGAACUGGAAGUGGAGGAUUUACACAGGAAUAUUCCUUAGAUGACAUUGGAACCACUGCUAAAAACAGCAGAAAUCCUGAAACAAUUUAGGUUCCGACAUCAUGUGGAUUUCAUGGGUACCGUCCUAUGUCUAUUUCUUAAAAGUUUCUCAAAGAGCUUAGCUUCGGUUGACCAAGGACUCCGGAGGUAGGAUUUCUAAACGCUGGGACACUCCACUUAACUCGGCCCUCGUGCUCCUUGCUUUGACGACUGUUUGCAGAUGAAAAGCAGAUGUGUGCUCUGUUUUUGUUUUUUUGCUUUUGUUCCCUUUUGGUUUGCGUGUGCUAAUUCCCUUUAAAGCCCGCAGAAAUCUCAUGUUACAUUUUCCACAUUUUACGAGUGCUGAUAACUUUUUCUGUUGCUGCUGUGACCCUGUUUUUACGAUGCAGAAUCUGAAUGUCACUCCUUGCCGGUGGUGAUUUAACUGUGGUUGUGGGCAGGGAAACAGACUUCCGGAAAUGGGAAUGACCUCGUGGCCCGCCUCUUCUCCCAUCGACAACUUCCAUAUCCAGUUUGCAAGUCAGACAGCGUUUUCCUGCUGUGGACACCAGCCUCUCAGAGACAGUAGACGGUUCUCGUCUCUGAACCAUUUAAGGUACAUUCCUUGGAGAUAUGGAUGGUAACACCUGUCAUUCUUCCUCACUUGGAGAUGUUGAAACACUCGGAAAGUUUCUUGUUGAAACUAAAAUCAAGAUUGAGAAUGACUUUUAGGCAUUAACUAAACUUCUGCAUCAUAACUUUUAGUGAGACACCGUAAGGGAGCGACCUUCUGGUGUGGAAGCUUCCCCCGCCCCCCCUCCAUUGUCAGUUUUAUUGAGAUAUAAUUGACAUACAGCACUGUAGAAGUGUAAGGUACACAGCAUGAUGAUUUUAGAGUUCUUACGUUUUCUGGAUGGAAUGACUUUCUCAUGAUCAAAUUCAGUGUGGGUUUCUGCUCUCUGCUACUUACCAUGCCUUAUUUUUCCUGAGAUUGUAAAUAUCAAGGGAGUCAGAUGAUAUUCCUACGUUGUUGUAGAGUUUUGUCGGACUAUGGAUCAUCUACCACUAAUAAAUUAUAUGCUGUAUCUUUUAAAAAAUGGACUCUUUCGGGGGUUCCUAGCUGGCUCCGUCAGUAGCACAUGCGACUCUUUGAUGACCCACAGUGAUAUUACUAACUAAAGUCCGUAGUUGACAGUAGGGGUCUCUCUUUGUGGUAGGCAGUUCUGCAAGUUUUACAAAAGCAUAAUAUCAUUUGUCUACCAUGAUAGUAUCAUACGGAAUAGUUUCACCACCCGGAAAAACCUCUGUCCCACCUUCUGACCCUUCCCCCUCCCUCAACCCCUGGCAACCACGGAUCUUUCUACCGUCUCCAUAGUUUGCCUUCUCCAUAAUGUCCCAGUUAGUUGGAAUCCUACAGUAUGUCGUACUUUCAGACCGGCUUCUUUCGCUUAGCAAAACGCAUCUAAGGUUCCUCCGUGGGUUUUUGUAACUUGCUUGCUCAUUUCUUUUGAUCGUCGAAUAACACUCCCUCGUAUAGAUGUA